GACUAGAUCGUGUUUUAUCAAAACUUUAUCUUAAAUUUGAUUAAUAUAUCACACAAGUCUUGUCUUAUCGAAUCUUACGCGCGUUCUACUUGUGCAUAUGUGACGGGUAUAUCUAACGUGGAUGUUAAUCGUAUUUUCAAAAUUUGAUUCGAGGUUCAAUCGACGUGAAAAUUUUAAUUAGUAAUAAAUGUUUAUGCAAUAUUUGAACAAAAUUAUAUAUAAAUUAAUUAAUACACUUUUUCUCAACACGUAAUAAAAGUGUGUGAACAUAAAAACGAAUACUCGACUUUCGAUUGGACCUGUUGCACCUUUCACAAGUCUAGCAGGUUGCUGAUAUAGCAUUUUCGUUAAAAGUGCCAACGAGGAUUCCUCGUGUUCUGUGAAGCUUAAACGGAUAACAACUGCGCAAUCAUGAGAAUCGUCGUAAUCGGCGCCGGAGCCGCGGGACUCGCUGCACUACACAAUUGCGUUUCCGGUACUUACGGCGAUCAGGUGGUGUGCUACGAAAAAACAGAUCAAAUCGGCGGAACCUGGGUCUAUCGGGAGGAAACAGGUUUCGAUAGAUAUGGUUUACCGAUUCACACCAGCACGUACAAGAGUCUCAGAACUAAUUUACCUAAGGAAGUAAUGGGCUAUCCAGAUUUUCCGAUACCGGAAGGACCCGACAGCUACUUGUCGCGCACGGAGAUACUACAUUUUCUGAACGCGUAUUGUGAUCAUUUUGCGUUACGUCCUUAUAUUCGGUUGCUGCAUCAUGUACAGCUGGUGGAGCCGGUUGCGGGAGACCGGAAGUGGUCGGUCAAGGUCAGGGACUUGCAGAGGGACACGGUCGCGAUUGAGCUAUUUGAUGCAGUCAUGGUAUGCAACGGCCACUACUUCCAACCUAUGAUCCCGAAUAUACCUGGCCAGAAUAUCUUCGUAGGCAAACAGAUACACAGCCAUGAUUACAGAGUUCCCGAGCUGUUCGACGGCAAGAACGUUGUCGUCCUAGGAGCUGGUCCUUCCGGUAUGGAUUUGGCGUUGGAGAUAUCCAAGAAUGCGAAUCGCGUGAUUCUGAGUCAUCACCUGACUGAAACCAUUGCCACCGUGUUCCCCGAGAAUGUCGUGCAGAAAGCUGACGUAGUAGAAUUGACGGAAUGCGAAGCGGUUUUUGCGGAUGGGACAAGGGAGCAGGUCGAUGUCGUCUUCUAUUGUACAGGCUACGAGUACAGUUUUCCUUUUCUCGCCGAGUCUUGUGGGGUCCGAGUGGACUCCAACAUGGUCACGCCCCUUUGGAAGCAUCUGGUGUCCAUAGAGAACCCUACUCUGGCUCUGAUUGGUCUUCCAUUUUACGUUUGCGCCUUUAGUAUGUUCGAUUUGCAGGUGCGAUUCGUCCUACGACACUGGCACGGCGAGAGACAGUUUCCCGCGCGAGCGGAUAUGCUGCGCUCCGAGGCGGAGGAGGCCGCGAGACGCGCCGAGAAAGGUUUGCAGAAGAAGCACUUUCACAUGAUGGGCCCGGAGCAAGGUCACUAUUACGACGACCUGGCGAACGUCGCGGGGGUCACGCCGCUGCCGGCUGUGCUGACGAAGCUCCACAACGAGAGCAGCAUGCGUUUCGUGAACGACCUCGUGCACUAUCGACAGGACCGCUACAGGAUCAUCGACGAUUACAAUUUCGUUCAGCUUUAACAGUGGACACACAUUAAAUGUUACUUCACGAGGAUUUCAUAAUUUUUAAGCAUACAUUUUUUGUUUUAUUCAAUAUAUUUUUGUCUUCAAAUAUUUGUGUAUUCAAAAUUAUAAAAAAGAAAUGUUACAUCUA